AUGUCUGAUAGAUCAUUUUCAAACCCCAAGCCUGAGUUGAACAUCCCAUCGUUAGGUGAUGGAGUCGAUGCCGUGCUAAUUGACGAAAUACAAUUGGACUUCACAGGCUCUGAAGAGGAGAGCUUAAGAGUGGUCUCGAGUAUUGAGGAGACUACCGGGACAGUCAACAUUGACUUUGUAGUCAUCCAUGGACUAUUCGGUAAAGAGUUGAAUAGAGAUCGAUGGUUCGAUUGUGGACCGGAUAGUUGGCUUACCCAGUAUGCCAACUCCUUGAAAUCGAAUUCCCGGAUCAUCGAGUUCAAAUAUAACGCGAGUGUUAUCGUGGAUGGAGACUCGGAAGAGACCAUUUCUGGAAUUCGUCAGGUUGCAUUGAGUUUGUUGAACAAGCUCAAGGAUUUGAGGAGGGGUGAAGUUACUCGAACAAUCAUGUUCCUUGGUCGUGGCAUAGGCGGAAUCAUCGUUAAAGAUGCUUUAGUGGCUGCUUCAACUGGAAUGGGUGAUUGGGAUGAUAUACUCGAUUGCAGUCGAGUCCUGUUAUUCUCCGACUGUCCUCACAAGAGUCGAGACCGAAAUCGAUUAGAGAACAGUCUGUGCUAUACUUUAUUUGCAACACGGCCAGACUUCUCCCAGAGCGCUAGCCCAUUGUUUUUUACAGGAUCGUUGAUAUCAAAGCUCGCUUCUGAGGUUAUGGAGGUCAAUGCCUCAUUCAUAUUGUCCAAGCUUCAUCUAAGAAGCCAUCUCAUCAGUAUUUACGAGGAAAGAAAGAAAGCCGACUAUGUUGAUGAUCAUCUUGAUAAUUUCUACAAUUAUACCAUAGGGGUGCCGUUCGAAAGACGCUUAGCAAGGUCUGAGGAAGAUACUCAUAAGAGUAGCGUCUUAGAUCAUCUUGAUGACUUGAAGGAAUGUAUAAUUCCUCUUCAUGAGUCAAGACUACGUCAUGAGCGCCUUCUUUUGUCGUUAGCAACAUCUUUGCCACCUCUAAUUGCCCCUUUAAACGAGACUUGGUGGUUAAAAGACCAUACGAAAUACAAACAAUGGCUUGAUUCCCCAGAAACGCAGCUCUUAUAUUUGCACGGUAAUUUACAUGACGUAAUUCAGGAAGCGGCAGCACAAGCAUUCUAUCAUCUGGAACAAGUGCAGAGAACACGAGACAAAAAAAUUCCGGUGCUCUUCUUUGAAUUCGACUCAUGGGAUGCCCGCCGUUGCUCUCUAUCUCACAUGCUGUCCACUUUCAUUGCCCAAUUGACAUGUCACUACCCAAAUUGGAAGAACCGAAUUGAAUAUAUGAGCUAUUGUGUUGAGCAAGAGCGUUGCUGGACAUUCCGCGACCUAAUGAGUUGGUUUGAGUUAUUUAAUCACAUGAAACAAUCGAUUGUGAUUAGCCGUUUCGAUGAAUGUGAAAUAGAGUCUCGCAGGGCGUUUUUAGACUUGAUAUCAUAUACCGCUCAGAUGAGUGAGUGGCCUUGGAAGAUUGUUGUGACGAGCGGAACAUCCGCAGUACUACUAGAAGAAUUGGGGAACUGGCCAGAGAUUGAUAUCAUUGCGCAGUCUCCAGAGGACAGUGCGGGAAGCAUGCAACCGCAAAAUACUCAUACGCAUAGAGAAAACAUGAUGUUGCACAAGCGUUUAUCAUGCUUCCCUACGCUGGACGAUCAUGAUCGUUCUAUCAUAGUGAAGCACCUAGCGGCAAGGAAGAUUCCACUGCUCAAGACUCAAUUAUGGGGAGUUCUAUCGUCUGUAAAAGUUGAAGACAGCGAAGAAAUCUUAGAAUCAGUAUUGGACAGUUACUUCCGGGGCAUACCAGAACAACACGUUGCAAAAUGUGCACUAAUGUGGCUUCUUCACUCGAAGAGGCCAUUGUCCAACAGGGAACUUGCCGAGAUCAUGUUUCUUGAGAGCGAGGGUGAUCAUGGAAAUUACAGAUCUCCCGACCCAUUAGAAGUUGAUAAUUUCGUGGUGAAGUUAGAGCUUUGGUUUGCAGGGUUCAUCGAAGUCGAAAACGAUGAGGUUUUUGUACGAAACGGCAGACUAAGAGAAAUUUUUGGAAAUCCUGUCGGAAGAUGUUCGAAUACUUAUUUGUGGACCGAAGCUUCAGAGGAUGCUCAUCUUAAAAUAGCAAAAACAUGCUUGAAGUACCUCUCGCUACCGGACACAGAAAUCAACUUGAAAAUCCCGAACGGUACUAUGAGUGGGCGGAAUCCAAGACUCUGUUUGGGUAAUCUCUUAUCAUAUGCUGUAAAGUAUUGGUUUCAACACUUUCAAUCUGCUAAAGACUCACAAAAUUAUCCUCUGGAAAUACUGAUAGGUCUAAUUCAAAAUAUUGACCUUGAGAGUUGGUCGAGGAUGUUUUGGGAGUUAUCAAGCCCAAUAACAAGGAGUCCUUCUCCUUGGGAGUCACCAUUUCCAAUUUUUGCUGGCCAAGGUGAAAUAGAUCUCGUCAAAAGCAAGAACGACGAAGACUUCCGCGCAGGGUUAGUUGAAGCAAGUUUAAAUGGCAGGCAGUCUACGGUUCAGAGAAUGCUGGAUAUUCAUGAGUGCCCGGCGCCUAUCCUUCUUAAUGCUAUUCAGUCAUCUGCUGCAGGGGGACAUGAGCAAUUGGCAAUUGACCUUUUAGGUCGUUUGCCGACUGAAACCAAACUGAGUAUUCAGCAUUGGGGGACAAAUAUUCUUUGGAGAUCAGCCAGAGCAAACCUUCAUCGUUUAGCAGACACUGUACUCAGUAUGGGAUGCGGUCCUGAUCCUGAAGCAAAGCAUGGCACCGAAUGGAACACGACACCUUUGUCCCAAUGUUCGAUUAACGGCCACUUGGAAAUGACCAAAGUUCUCGUGAAACAUAAAGCGAACGUGGAAUUCCCAAGCUUCAAGAACCGUACUCCGUUGGCAUUGGCUGCUUCAAGGGGCCACGCCAAUGUAGUUAGAUUUCUAGCAACACAAGCCAAUGCCAAGAUAGAUGCUGUUGAUGUAGGCGGCUGUAGACCAAUAGACAAAUCUUGUGUGUGGGGGAAUCAGGAAGUUGUGAUGGAAUUGCUGCGACUCGAACCAGACAUGAAACUGUCAUCUGACGAUCCGAUUCUACCACUAGUCGUGGCUGCACUAAAUGGGAACGAUAGAUGUGUUGAGCUUCUGCUUGGCUAUGCGAAAGCUGAUAAGGAUAUUUCAAGCCGCUUGAACAUUGACUUAGCUCUUCUUUAUGCCGCCCGUUUCGAUAAAAUCACGACAUGCCGUACACUGCUAGAUUAUGGUGCAAACAUCAAUGCGAAUGUUCACAGAUUUUCUCCCUUCACUGUAGCAGUCAAGGCCGGCAACGAAGAAAUCGUCAAACUGCUGCUCGAUCAUCGCCCGCGCCCAGAUGUUAAUCUAAAAGACGGGCACGGGAGAACUGCCCUUUAUAAUGCUGUACUCAUGCAGAACGUUGCAUUGAUUCGUUUAUUACUAGAUAAUGAUUGCGAUCCAGAUGUGCCGGUUAAUGGUCCAUACGUGGCUUUGCACAGCGCAGUCACUAACAAUGAGAUUACUGAAAUGUUAGCGAGAAAAACUAGGAACUUUGAAGCGCGAACCCCCCAGAACCUCACGGCACUCAUGCUUGCAGCAGAGCGUAAUGAAGAGUCUGCGAGAAUUUUGAUUGAACAUAAAGCUGAUGUCAACGCCGAGGUUCCUCUAGACAGUGAAUUCUGGGAGGGAUGGACACCUAUGUUUUUUGCUGCCAAUGCAAACAAACCAACCGCUGUCACUUUGUUAGCAGAGGCUGGUGCAGAUCUCAAGCACAGGGCCAAAGAUGGCAAAAGUGCUCUACACUUGGCAGUGGACGGCGAUGCUCUAAGUGCUUUAAUGGAGUUUCACUCACAGAUCGACUUAAACCAACCAGACAACCAAGGAUACACGCCCUUACAUAUGAUGGGAAGUCUCACAUUGAGGAACGUUCAAUAUCUCGUUCGAGGAGGUGCAAAAAUCAAUAUUCAGGCAGACGAUGGAUGUACACCGCUACAGGUUGCGGUAAGACGUAAUGAAAACAACGCGAUAGAAAUUGUAUCUUAUCUACUUGAACACGGGGCCAACCCAAACUUAUCUGGAACCGAACCAGGCAAAGAUGAUCCGCCUCUUCAUCAUGCAUGCGACAGCCUGUCGCUGGAAAUAUCCAAACUGCUAGUGGAGAAUGGUGCUGAUGUUAAUAAGUCCUCAAUUGGCCCUCUAGGAACGCCACUAAUAGCAACAUGCUUGAGAGGUUUUACCCAGGAAGAUUCUGAAGGCAAAAAUACGGAGGACCUAAUACGUUACCUUCUCGAGAAAGGUGCUGACAUCAAUGGAACACAUAGCCGCUGGGGUUGUGUAUUUGGCGUGGUUUCGAUGUUCAUGAAACCAAAAAUAGUUAGCCUACUGCUGGAGGAAGGGGCGUCGAUUCAUACCCAGGACUUUUGUGGCAGGCUACCCAUUCACUUAGCUGCUUUUCACGGUGGCAAGAACCUAGACAUCGUCAUUGAAGCCGGCGGUGAUGUUACUGCCAAAGAUAAGCUCGGUCGCACGGCACUUCACUACGCCUGCCAAGCAGGCCGGUCAAGUUCCGUCAAGAAGUUGUUAGAUCUCGUAGGGGAAGAAAAUGCGAACGAAACGGACAUUGACGGAUGGACCCCUCUACACUGGGCAGUACGGGGUACAGGGAAUAUGAUAGAAGAAGAAUGGCUCGCCGGUGAAGCUGUGAAUGAGAUUGAAACUAUUAGAAUAUUGAUAGAGCGCGGUGCGAAUAGAUCUGCCCAAUAUCAUGUCAGGGGGGAGUCCUGGUCACCACUUCGGAUUGCUAAUUAUAGGGGAGCCGAUGACACUGUUAUUGCUCUUCUCAAGAACUCUGGUGGCCCCAACGAAGACGAAGGACUCGGCGGAACAUCUUCAGAAAAUUUUGGACAGUAUGGCGCGAACGUUUCCAGCCCUAAAAAAGCCUAUCGUAGGAUCGGAUGGACUUGUGAUGCAUGUUUAUGGGGGAUGUGGGGCUUGUGCUACAAAUGUAAUGUGUGCCUCGACUUAGCAUUUUGUGUCAAAUGUUACGACCACCGAGACAUUGUACACGCAGAAUUUCCCGACCACGCGUUCAAGGAACAUGGCCCCGAAUUUGAGCACGAUGACUCGAAAUCGAAUAGCGGGGAGAUAACAGAUGAUGAUAGCAGGUCAAUCAUCUCAGAAAGCAGUGGUUCGGAGCCUGAGGAGAAUACUAGAAAUGAAUCAGAGGAACCCGAAGAACUCGUGGUGCUAGGAAAUGACCACGAGCAAAGUGAUUCUGAUGAAAAUGCUGAUAGUAGUGAGUCGGAGGAUGACAACUAGGCAGUGAUUGUUUUAUAAGUAUAUAAGUUAUGCUUUGAAGGUUAGGCUUGGCGAGUACAAUGAUUAAGACUUUACUCUCAUCUUCAUGUGUAUGUGAAAUGAUGGUGAUUUUUGCUUGCCACAGACCAUUCAAAAAGUAUACACCGACCGACCUACCCGCAGCUCACAUAUGCAAAUAUAG